CGCUUUAGCUUUAGUCAGGUGGAGAUUACGCGCGAGGGAACCGACACAAAGCGUUCACACCGACAGUUUUACGGCAGUUGGCGAGACUCUCGUAACUACGGACGGGACUGUGAAAGUGAAAGAGCUGCUGUAGGAUUUCCCCAAAGCGGCUUUUUGUGGCUUUUUUCAGGAAUUGGUCGCGGAAACGUAACUGACCGAACCACGAUGUAAUCAGCAACAGAGGAGACACGUUUGGCGUUGCCCAGAACACGUUUUCAGAAAUGCCCCAACACAACAUGGAAAAUAGCCGGAGCCAGUGGCAGACGGGGCAGCGGCCGCCCUGGAGCAGCCCAAGCCCCGCUUCCUCAGGGGCGGAGUCAGACACAGAGAGCAGCAGCACAGAGAGCGAGAAGUCCUGUGUCAGACACCUGCAGAUGGGUUCUCCUCGGGCUUUUCGCUCUCCCUCAAGAGUCCAACAGCGCAUCACCGAGAUCGACCAGCAGAGGGAGGAGCUCAAGAUCGAGUUGCAGUUGGAGAUCGCGUUGCUUCAGGGCGAGCUGCAAACGGAGAAGAGCCAGCUCCAGAAGCACACACAGAGACUUCAGAGACUACAGCAGGAGGCGAAGCACAGGGCGCAGAGGCACAAGCUAACGGAGCGAGAGAGACUGGAGUUGGAGAGGAGCAGAGUGGAGGAGCUGAGGAGGACAUGUGAGGAGAAGGAAGCCCUCCUGCCCACCCAGCCAGAGAGCCAGAGAGAGCCGCUCAGAGUGCAGCUGCAACAGGAGCGAGAGGCAAUGGAAGCAGCAGUGCGGGCAUUUGAGGACUGGGAGUUCCAAGUGCUGGAGAGAGAGAGUGGUCUAGGGGAGGAGAAGGAGCAGGAGGAUGAAAAGGAGGAAGUUGGAGCAGAGGAAGAGCAGAGGGCAGAGAGUGCAGCUGAUAUGGAGAAGGAGGUGUCCAGUCAGCAGCACCUGGUCAACACUGCACAGGAGAGGGUACAGCAGUUGGAGAAGCAGCUGGUGGAGAUGGAGAGAGAGAAGGAGAAACAGCUCAGCACUCUGAGGCGGGAGAGGAAAGAGCUGGUGCACAACAGUCAGAUGGUCCUCAAGGAAAAGAAGCCGCUCACCGAUUGGUCCAAUAUCACCGGCUCCGCCCCCUGCAUGAUGUCACUCUCCCCUCUCACCGCUCAAAAGUCUCCUCCUCAGGAUCCUCUGCGGGAAUCAGCCAGUUUGCCCAGAAGGAGGAGCGCACAUCGGAAUAACAAGCUCAGCGAUAGGCCGCUUUCGACACAGGUUUUUGUGAGAGAGGCAGACGGUCACAUGAUCCCAGAGGCCUACAUCUCCCCCAUCACCUCACACCGCCACAGUAACAGCGUCUGUAACGGUCACAGUAACAGCCACAGCAGUAUCCACGGUAAUGGACACAAGCCAGGGAGCAGUAACGGAGGGAGUCUGCACACGCCCUGUAACAGCACCACCAGCUCCAGAGCCGCCAGCCCUUGCCUGUUGGAUCUGGUUGAGAUUGAGAAGAAGCUGAGAGAGGCCAAGGCGGAGAGGGAGCGUCUCCUUAGAGAGAGGGAGGAGCGACGGCAGCUCAUAUUGGAGGAGAAGAGACAGAAAAUAAUAGAACUGAACUCGCAGAGAACAGAGGCCCCUGAAUCAGAGUCUCCUCUCAAAUCUGAGCCUCCCGAAGAGACCAAACUCAGCCCGGUGCCCAGCUCUCCAGAGCUGCGCGGCCUGCCACUCUUCCUCUCGCCGAACUUUGACCUCCGCUCCCACAUCGAGUCCCUGGGUCACGGGGUCAUGGGGUGCAUCGACCUGCGGCUCACGUCCCGGCGCUGUGCAGGCUUCCUCACCAAGCGCGGCGGCAAAGUCAAGACCUGGAAGAAGAGGUGGUUUCUGUUCGACAUGGACCACAGACGGUUGGCCUACUACACAGACUGUGAUGAGAGGAAGCUGAAAGGAGUCAUUUACUUCCAGGCCAUAGAAGAAGUUUACUAUGACCAUCUACGGACAGCAGCAUCUUCCCCACGGCCCCCCCUCACAUUUUGUGUCAAGACGUACGACCGCCUAUUCUUCCUGGUGGCCUCAAAUCCAGUGUCCAUGAGGAUCUGGAUGGACGUCAUCGUCACAGCAACAGACGAGCACUGCCGGUACUGACCCCCCCCCCCCCGCAUGAUGCUGUUAUUACUACAGUCUACACUACUGAGAAGACAAUAUCAGGGCUGUCUUGUGUGUGGAGAUCUUCCUCAUGGACCUUUGGUAAAUCUUUGGAGAUGGAAAUUGUGUUAAACUGUUACACAAAAUGAUAAAUGCUUAAAACUGAUCAAGAAGCCAAAACUACCUUCAAGAUGAGCAUAUGUUGACUUUGAGCUCCCUCUUGUGGUCAAAAGCAACACUACAGGACUUCAAAACACUGCUACACUUCGCCACAAGAGGGUAGGUCAUUUAAGCAAACAGACUUGAAUGGAGUGUUUAAGAUAAACAUUUUCUACUAUAUUUUGUGAUGUAAAAAUAUUAUCUUUUUUUUCUGUGAGGAUGUACAUGAGCUUUUCUUGAAUUAAAUUAUUUUUGGAAUACAUACAUGGAUUUCUAAUGGAAAUGAAGAUCUAUUAUGUGCAAAUAAAUGUUUAUUCAUAUGAUUGU